AUGAUUAACUCUUCUUUGUUCAAUAAACCUAAAUAGAGAUAAAUCUAUUUAAUUAAUACAUCACGUAAUUAUACAUAACCAAAAUCAACUCCACAUACUCAUCUUAAAUUACCUAAUUGUUCUCCUUAACCUAAAGCUAAUCAUAGCAAAUAAAAAAACAAACAUAACUUUUUUAUACAUAAAAUUCAAAGUUCAUAAUAAUAAAGCCCUAUUGUUAGAUAAUUAAUUCCAAAUAGAGAUUCAAGUGAAAGCUUUAUGAAAGAUUUAGAAUUAUCAGGAAAUGAAGAUUUGAAAGAUAUAAAUAAAAGUCUUCUGCUGACUUCUUAAGAGAUUAAUAAAAAAAUGCAAUUUAGUAUUGAAACAUAUCUCAAUAAUACUUUAAAAUAAAAAAGAUUCAAUCAAAAUCUAAAUAAGUUGAUUGAUUUUGAUUUGACUUAAGACAACAGUUCAUUUCAUUCAUUUGAAUUCUUUAGAAAUCGUAGAUAAACAAAUCUUCUACCAACCAGAGUUUAUCAUAAAAAGUGA